AAGCCCUACUGAUAGUUGCCGCCACUCCUCAUUCCCAAACCUCUUACGCCUAUCGCCACCGCUGUUGUGCGUCCACCACCGCCCGUCGCCGCCGUCCUUUGUUUUUCGUUCACUUGCUUCCUCCUUCAAACUUUGGCUUUUCUUUCAAACCUAGAAUCACUGUGUGUGAAAACUAGCAUCUGCGACCACCAUGGGAGGGUCGCGAGUUCAAGUCAAUAAGGCUCACAAGUCACGCUUCUCCUCAAAACAUUCUCGCAAUGUUCAUAAAACCUCUGUUAAAGAUAGAAUUGCGGUUGUCAAAACUGAGCGCAAUGUCGGCAAGGGAGCUCGUGCCGCAAGAAUUCAGCGAAAUAAAAUGAUACGUGACCAGAAGAGGGCUGCCGUUUUGAAAGAAAAGAGAGAGCUCAGUGGAUCGAGAAGUCCUCCUCGAGUAAUUGUUCUCUUUGGACUUUCUGCUUCUGUGGAUUUAGAUUCACUCAAUGAUGAUCUGUUGUCAUUACUUUCUAAAGAAUCGUCUUCUGGGGUAUCGUCAGGAACAGUUGCUUCUUCUGAUUACCGGACUAGAACUACAGUACUCAAAGCACCUCAUGGUGAUCUACUGGCAUGUAUGGAAAUGGCCAAGGUUGCUGAUCUGCUGGCUUUUGUGGCCUCGAUAAAUUCUUUAUCUGAAGAGACUGAUUCUUACUACAUUGAUUCAUUUGGAGAUCAAUGCCUUUCUGUAUUUAGGUCUCUUGGCUUACCAAGCACGGUUGUCUUUAUUCGAGAUCUUCCCACUGAGCUGAAACAAAGAAAUGAACUAAAGAAGUUAUGCACAUCUAGUCUCGCCUCUGAAUUUCCCGAGGAUUGUAAGUUUUAUCCAGCUGAUACCAAGGAUGAGCUGCACAAGUUCUUGUGGCUCUUUAAAGAGCAGCGGCUCAAAGUUCCCCAUUGGAGAGCUCAACGACCUUACCUCAUGGCUCAAAAGGUCGAUGCAGCAUCUGAUGGCAACUCAGAAAAAUGCACUCUCCUUUUAACCGGCUACCUUCGUGCUCGUAGCCUCUCAGUGAAUCAAUUGGUUCAUGUAACAGGUGCAGGAGAUUUCCAAUUGUCUAAAAUAGAAGUUCUUAAGGACCCUUUUCCUUUGAAUUCAAGGAAAAAUCAGGACAUAAUGGAUUUGGAUGAAAUGAAUGACGUGAAGGUCAUUGGUUGUCUGGCCCCAGAUCCUGAAAAACAGGAAGCUUUAAUUGUCGAGAAUGAACCUGAUCCUCUUGCUGGGGAGCAGACGUGGCCAACAGAGGCUGAAAUUGCUAAGGCUGAUGAAGAUCUUAAGAAAAAGAAGACACGAAAGAGGACUGUUCCCCGAGGCACUUCUGAAUAUCAGUCUGCAUGGAUUGUUGAUGGCUCUGAUGCAGAGGAGUCAGAUGGUGAUGACGAAGAUGAUGGUAUGGUGUUGGAUCAAAACGAAGAUGGUCAAGAAGGAAAAGAGUACACCGAAUUUGAUGGUGAUGGAGCAUCGGUUAGGUUUGGAGAUUCUGAUGAGGAAACUGACAUUGAUUCAGUGAUGAUGGAGGCAGAUAAUAUAACAAGAGAGAAGAUAGAAGAUGAACUUAAGGAACUUAAAGAAGCACAUGCUGCAGAUGAGGAAUUCCCGGAUGAAGUGGAUACACCAAUGGAUGUUCCUGCUAGGAAGCGGUUUGCAAAAUAUCGAGGACUCAAGUCCUUUAGGACUUCCUCAUGGGAUCCAAAAGAAUCUCUACCACAAGACUAUGGCAGAAUAUUUCAAUUUGAUAACUUAAAGAGAACACAAAAACAUGUUCUUGCUAAAGCUUUAGCAAAGGAGCAAGAAAACAUGGAUGACUGUAUACCAGUUGGCUCGUAUGCUAGGCUGCAUAUCGGGGAAGUGCCCAGUGCCAUUGCUUCAAAAUUAUGUGCACUUGGAAAGACAACCCCGAUUACAGCAUGUGGCCUGCUUGAGCAUGAAUCAAAAGUAUCCGUUCUUCACUUCAGUGUGAAGAAGAACGAAACAUAUGAUUUGCCCAUCAAAUCCAAGGAGGAGUUAUUAUUUCAUGUUGGGUUUCGGCAAUUUGUUGGCAGGCCACUUUUCUCUAGUGAAUAUAUCAAUACAGACAAGAACAAGAUGGAGAGGUUUCUCCAUCCUGGGCGCUUUUCAGUUGCUUCAAUUUAUGCGCCUAUAUCAUUUCCACCUCUUCCUUCAAUCAUCUUAAAAAGAACUGGAGAGGAUGUAGCACCUGCUGUGGUUGCCGUUGGCUCACUUAAGUCCAUUGAUCCCGAUAGGAUAAUCCUUAAACGAGUUAUUUUGACAGGUUACCCCCAGAGAGUAUCAAAACGCAAGGCCUCCGUGAAACACAUGUUCUAUAAUCCAGAGGAUGUUAAAUGGUUUAAGCCUGUAGAGCUUUAUACAAAGCGUGGUCUUCGUGGACGGAUCAAAGAGCCUGUUGGCACACAUGGAGCAAUGAAGUGCCUUCUGAAUGGGGUUCUUGAACAGCGUGAUACUAUUUGCAUGAAUCUAUUCAAACGUGCAUAUCCAAGGUGGCCCAACCAUCACUAUGCUCUAUGAGAGAAGAGCCCUUUUUGAUGAUGGGUUUGGUACUCAGAAGAAAGCCAAUUGUAUAUGAUUGGGAAUGAAGCUCUGGUUCAGAUUCACCUCUAUGGUGGAUGCAGUUCUUGGGACUACUAAGUCCCCAUUUUUGUGUGCACACUUGUGUGUGUGAGCAGAUAUAUUUAAACAUGUUUCCGAAUUUGGAUUUUGGUUUAAAAUUUGAUUCGGUUUUGUAUCAUAUCUUUCUAUAGUGGAAGGGAGUUUAUUUAAAUGUCACUAUAUUGUUUCUUUGGUUUAAAUUGAUCAUUUCAUUUCUU